AAUAUAGCUGUCUAUUUUGAAACUAUUUAUAGAUCUAAAUAGAUCUAAAAGAGUAGAUAUAUAUCAAUCACAGGAAAUAAACUCUUUACUAAACAUUGAAAGAAAGACUUUUACUGAACGCAGCCGAUGUAUCUUCUUAUCUCCAUGAAAUUCGCAGUGGUGUGUUUGUUCGCUGUUUGCGCAAUCGUAUUUGCACGACCGGAUGGAUAUACUAAUAAAUAUGAUAACAUCGAUGUAGAUCAAAUUCUUCACAAUGACCGAUUGUUAAAACGAUACACUGAUUGUUUGCUAGAAAAGAAUAACGUUAGAUGCCCGCCUGAAGCUACCGAAUUAAAGAAAGUCUUGAGCGAAGUCCUGGAAACUGCGUGCGAGAAAUGCUCGGAACAUCAGAAAGAAGUUGGGAAGAAAGUGGUAAAAUACUUGACAUCUAACAAGAAAGACAUAUGGAACGAAUUGAAAGCGAAGUAUGAUCCAGAAGGAAAGUAUGAACAAAAGUACGAAGAUACGGCUAAAAAAGAAGGCGUCCAAGUUUAAUUAAUAAUCGAGACAGACAAAAAAAAAACACAAAUGUAUACCUUGUACAGUGUUGUUAUAACGAGAUGUUAAUUGUUUUAAUUGCCUUAUACCGUCCUUCUAACUUGCAAUUUGACGCGAUUAGAAUGUAAUAUGCACACACACACGUGCGCGCGCGCAUAUAAAUGCGUAAAUAAAAACACUUUCAUUGA